UCAUGAAUCAUCGCCCAGUAAAUUUUUUCUACAAAAACGAUACCUCCUAAAUUUUCCAGACUAUCUCUUAUCACGCUGUCACAAUGCAUUAAAUCUUAAUUAGAGCAGGGCUACAAUAUACGAGGUAAAAGAUGGGAGUGAAUGCCUCUCUGCUAAUGCAAGAUCUCAGAAAAUACAAUGGCAAACGCUGCAUGCCGAGUAAGAAGCUAGUGACAUUCCCGGAAAGUCGGCUGAAGACAGCUGGCAGCAUUGUUACAUGCUUCUCUGCUAUGCCUUAUGUUUCUGGUAUAUCAGUUCCAAGUGCUGAAGACAAAAGGUGGAUUGUUGACACACAUUUCAUGCCAUAUGAUGACACACAGUUGAUCAGCAGUGUGGGGGUGUUUAGGUUUAGACAGGGAAUGACACCUGUCAACAUACAACAUAUGAUCAAUGGACUUCUCAUACAGUGGAACAUCACUGAUGAUCUCAAGUUCACUCCUGUACGUGGGACCAGUAGUACAUCAUAUCCCCAGAUAUCACUCCAUCCAAAUGGAAAGCAUAUUGGUUACAUCAACAGCAACGUAACCAUCAUAAACCCUAGUUCUAAACAUAAACUCCACAGACGCAUGGACAUCAAACAUUUGAAUUUCCGGAACAUGUCAAUAUCACCAAAUGGUUUCUAUAUUGCAAGCAUUGCGAGGUCAUCUUAUUAUUUUGAGUUGGUAGUUUCACUUGUAGAUCCCUCUAGUUUGGUCGAUAGGGAUCCCUACAGCACGAUGGGAUAUUUAGGGUCUAGCAUGUCAGAUAUCGCCAGUGUGAACUUACACAGGAUCUGCCCAGGCUUCAUGGGCACAAGAUUAUAUACAGAAAAGGCUGAAGUUGUAUGGUCUCCUGAUAGCCAAUAUAUAGCUGUCACAUCAUCCAUGGGAAUGUUGCUAAUUGUAAAAAGAUCAGUUAACAAUGAUGUAACAAAAAUAAUUCCUGGAAUUUUGGAUUACAAUUGCCAAAAGCUUGCAAAUGAAAGGACAGGUGAUUUUGAUCCACGUUUCGGCCAUCAGACAUUUACAUUUGCACUUAGGGAUGACACUAUCUGUACAUAUGAUCUAGACACUGAUGAUUUUACAGAGGUACUUACAGUUGAAUGCAUUGAAACACUAGAAUCAGUCACUAACCUGAAAUACAAUGUUGCAGGGACUGUUUUAGCCAUAGGUACGUCGGAGAUGUUGAUCCACAUUCAUGACUCGGACACAUUCCAGCUUCUCUACAGCCUUGAUGGAAAAUCCCAGGGGAGUAUGUCGGUUCAGAGACACCCUGACAAUAACGAGUAUCCUAGUUUGUUGCGUAUGUCAUUCAGUCAUACAGGAAACCAACUAUGUACAUCUAACACAGAUGGCAUUGUGAGAAUCUGGCAACUGAAGCCAUAUAUUAAUUUACAACAUAUGUGUAGAACUGCUAUACAGAAACAUGUUAGGGCAGACAGACUAGUGCAACUACCACUGCCACCAAAGUUAAUAUUUUUUAUCUUACAAUGGCCAUUACCUUAAGUUAUGCUGCUAACCAUGACAAUAGUCACACUAUAUUGGAUUUUCAAGGAAUUUUUGAAGAAAUUUUAGUUUUUUAUGUCCCCACCACAUAG